AUGGAACAAGAUGUUAUAAAUUUGAAAAACCAUACUACUCAAUAUAAAGUACUGAAAGAUGAAGAAAUAAAACAAAAAGCCCUGAAGACAUAUAUGGAUAGCGAUGAGUAUAAAAAAGAAGUUGAAGCAAAUGUAAAGGCAGAAAAACUUUUACAGUUGCAAAACCAAACCGUACAGUAUGAAAACUUAGCACAAGAAAGUAAAAAUAACGACGCAGCCAUGCAAAAGGCAAUGAAAAGUGCAGAAUAUAUAAAAGCUAAUAAUGACUGGUUAGAUGCCCAAGCCAACGCUAAAGCAGCCCAACUUAUAGGGUCAAUAAGGACAAAAAUACAAGCGGAUGAAGACAGUUCAAAUGAAGCUUUAAUGAAUGCUGACUUUAAGAAUGCCUUCGAAGCUCUUCAUAGUAAGGUGAAACUAGUGAACGACUUCUCAUCUGGAAAGAAACUGAAGUCUGAAGGUUUCGACAACGAGUUAAGAGAAGUAGCACAAAAUAUGACGAAAAUAACAGAUGCAGCAACGAGACAGGCAGUUCAAAGUGCCUAUGACGCCGUUAGAGCAACUGUUGUGGAAAGUCAAGAAAAAGAGUUACAACAGACCAAAACAGACCUAGUAAAUGCUUUCUUAAGAACGAAAAGUCAGGUAGGACAUUAUGCUGCAGAUGGAACAUAUGUGCCAGCUGGUGGAACUUAUAUACCACCAAACCCUCCAAGAGAAGCACCUGCACCAGGACUACCUAAAACAUUUACAUCGUCACAUGGACACAGACACAGGCAUGCACCAAAACCAACACAACAACCAACAGUUCAAAAUCCAGCACCACAACAACAACCAACACAACAACCAACAGUUCAAAACCCUGCACAACAACCAACAGUUCAAAAUCCAACACAACAACAACAACCAACACAGCAACCAACAGUUCAAAAUCCAGCACCACAACCAACAGUUCAAAACCCUGCACCUGCACCACAACCAGAGCAAGGACAUAAAAGAAGUAGAGAAAAAGGAAACCAAGAAUUCUUAAAAAUGCUUAAGGAAGAUUAUGGUUACUCAGAUACUCUUGACUUUAGUGACAGAUAUAAAGAAGCUAUUAGAAAGUUCAAGGAAGGAAAUACUGACCCGAACCUAUUUAGCUUUAUGGUUCAGCAUCAAAUGGGAUAUAAUCUCAAACCUGGAAAAUACAAGCUCGCUAAGGGAUAUGAUUUAA